CAGGUCGGUCUCGUCCCUCCUCCCACAGACCUAUAAACACAGGCCGACUCCUCGCUCCGCACACUCGGCUCCUGCUCUCCCUGCUCCAGGUGACCCCAGCAUGAGGACCCUCGCCCUCCUCGCUGCCCUCCUCCUGCUGGCCCUCCAGGCCCAGGCGGGGCCCCUGCAAGAGAGAGCUGAGGAGGCCCCCAAACAGGAGCAGCCCGACACAGAGGACCAGGACAUGGCCAUCUCCUUUGCAGGGGACAAGAGCUUAGGUGUCAGAGCUGCAGGCUCAACCAGGGGCUUGACCUGCUACUGCAGAAUCGGAAGGUGUCGUCUUCUGGAGCGCAUCUAUGGUAGCUGCCUCUACGCUGGCUUCCGCUACCUAUUCUGCUGCCGCUGAGCACCGAGAACAGAGAGCAAUGAGUUCAACAUGUGCUGCGAGACCUCAACGGAACUUUUACUCCUCCUGUCCCUUGUCCCCCACUUCCUUUCCUCAUCUCAAAUAAAGCCUUCAUAGCAAGUU